UGGGACGUCCUUCCUCUACGGCGGCCCAGAAGGCGUCCCGCGAACGCGAAGCCGCAGUGCAUUGUGGGAGCCGCGAUGCUGACCUCGCGCACUUUCCUGAAGCGCACUCGCGGCGGGGCCGUGCGGAAGGUGGUGCGCGAACAUUACCUGCGCGACGACAUCUCGUGCGGGGCGGCCGGCUGCUCACUCUGCGUCGAGGAGGACGAGCAGGGUGGAGCGGGCCGGUCUUUCCUGGAAGCCCAGCCAUUCGGCGCCGCCAGCAGCCUCUGCCCCGAGCCUCACUACCUGCUGCCCGACACCAACCUCCUGCUGCACCAGAUUGAUAUACUUGAGGAUCCUGUCAUUAGAAAUGUGAUUAUCCUUCAGACGGUUUUGCAGGAAGUAAGGAGUCGGAGUGCACCAGUAUACAAGCGAAUAAAAGACGUGAUCACUAACCAGGAAAAGCAUUUCUAUUCGUUCACUAAUGAACAUCAUAAAGACACAUAUAUAGAACAGGAAAAAGGUGAAAAUUCCAACGACCGGAAUGACCGAGCCAUCAGAGUCGCUGUGAAAUGGUACAACGAACACUUGCAGAAGCUGCAAACUGAAGAGAAAAUACAAGUUAUUUUGCUCACAAAUGACAGAAAAAAUAAAGCAAGAGCUGUGGAAGAAGGAAUAACUGCGUAUACAUGUGAAGAAUACAUAAAGAGCUUGAUAGCAAAUCCUGAACUUGUGGAUCGACUUGCUUCCUUAAAUGAUGAAGGGAAUGAAAUAGAAACUGGAAGGAUCAUUUUCUCCGAGCAUCUACCCCUCAGCAAACUGCAGCAAGGCAUAAAGUCGAACCUUUACCUUCAGGGAACAUUCAGAGCCAACAGGGAUAAUUACCUGGAAGCUACGGUUUGGGCUCAUGGAGAUGCAGAGGAAAGAGAGAUAAUAAUACAAGGGCUUAGAAACUUGAACCGAGCGGUGCACGAAGAUGUCGUAGCGGUGGAACUGUUGCCGAAAGAUGCCUGGGCCGCACCAUCCUCUGUGGUCUUGCAUGAUGAUGCGAAUCAGGACGAAGAUGACGUGGAGCAAGAAGAAGAGAAAGAAAACAGUCUGAAAAGUUCUGCCAGCGGCAGAAUGCUACGACCGACAGGCAGAGUGGUGGGCAUUAUAAAGCGAAACUGGAGGCCUUUCUGUGGCAUGCUUUGCAAAUCACAGAUAAAAGAGUCAAGACGGCAUUUAUUUACCCCAGCCGAUCGUCGGAUCCCUCGAAUCCGGAUAGAAACGAGACAAGCUUCCACUCUCGAGGGGCAACGAAUUAUUGUCGCUAUCGACGGCUGGCCUAGGAAUUCACGAUACCCUAACGGCCAUUUUGUAAAGAAUUUAGGAGCUGCUGGAGAUAAGGAAACUGAGACCGAAGUCCUUUUGCUGGAGCAUGACGUCCCUCACCAGCCCUUCUCCCAAGCUGUGCUCAGCUUCCUCCCCAAAAUGCCGUGGAGCAUCACUGAGCAGGAUAUGAAACGCAGAGAAGACUUGAGGCACCUGUGCAUUUGUAGCGUCGAUCCUCCUGGCUGUACUGAUAUUGACGAUGCCUUGCACUGUAGAGAGCUAGAAAAUGGCAAUCUGGAGGUUGGUGUACACAUCGCAGAUGUCAGCCAUUUCAUUCGACCAGGAAAUGCUCUGGACCAAGAAUCAGCAAAAAGGGGGACAACUGUGUAUCUGUGCGAAAAAAGGAUUGAUAUGGUCCCAGAGUUGCUGAGUUCCAACUUGUGUUCUCUGAGAUCCAACGUUGACAGGUUGGCAUUUUCAUGUAUCUGGGAAAUGACUCCCACUGCUGACAUCUUGAAAACCAGAUUUGCGAAAAGUAUAAUUAAUUCCAAGGCUUCUCUUACGUAUGCUGAGGCACAAAUGAAGAUAGAUUCCACCAACAUAAAGCGGUAGCAGCUACGCCCAGUUUAUUGGACUCAAUGAAUGGCUAAAAUUCUUAAGAAGAUACAUUCACCUUCCAGGGCUUUAACUCUUUCUUCGCCUGAAGUUCGCUUCCACAUGGAUAGUGAAACCCACGACCCUAUUGAUUUACAGACAAAAGAGCUCAAAGAAACCAACUCCAUGGUGGAAGAAUUCAUGCUGCUGGCUAACAUCUCCGUUGCACAAAAGAUCUAUGAGGAGUUCUCAGAACACGCCUUGCUGAGAAAGCACCCGGCGCCUCCUCCAUCCAAUUAUGACAUCCUUGUGAAGGCAGCCAAGUCUAAGGGCUUGGAAGUCAAAACAGAUUCUGCCAAAGCUCUGGCUGAUUCCCUAGACAGCGCAGAGUCUCCUUCUUUCCCAUACCUGAACACCCUAUUGCGUAUCUUGGCUACUCGAUGCAUGAUGCAAGCCGUUUACUUUUGCUCCGGAAUGGAUAACGAUUUCCACCACUAUGGUUUAGCGUCGCCUAUCUACACACAUUUUACUUCGCCGAUCAGAAGGUACGCCGAUAUAAUAGUGCAUCGCCUGCUGGCUGUGGCUAUAGGGGCCGACUGUACAUACCCUGACCUCACUGACAAACACAAACUGGCGGAACUGUGUAACAAUCUCAACUACAGACAUAAAAUGGCUCAGUAUGCACAGAGGGCAUCAGUUGCCUUUCACACCCAGUUGUUUUUCAAGAACAAAGGCGUAGUGAACGAAGAGGCCUACAUUCUGUUUGUACGGAAGAAUGCAAUCGUGGUUCUGAUUCCCAAAUACGGCUUAGAAGGCACUGUCUUCUUUGAAGAAAAGGAUAAGCCCAAGCCAUCACUUCUGUACAAUGACGAGAUUCCAUCCCUUGCUGUAGAAGGCAUAACCUUCUGUACCUUUGACAAGGUUAAAGUGAACAUCAUGUUAGACGCGUCCAACGUUCAGCAUCAGAAAAUCCGCAUGGCCCUUGUGGAACCGAAGAUCACAGGCCACAGCGUUCCUGGCAAAGCCAUUCAACCGAGCAGUAAUAAUGAACCCGAGAAGAAGAAGAAGAAGAAGAAGAAACUGGGGGAAUAGCUCCACUUCAUUCCACUACGAUACUCAAACAUGAACGUCAUUGUUUGAGACCAAUUGUACAAGCAGUUUUAUAGUUUUAGAGAUAUAUGUUAAAUGCUUUAUUUAAAUGGUUUUUUAAAAUACUGUUGCCUGGUAAAUCAUAAUUUUUAAAACUGUUGUGAUUUCCAAUAGAUAAACAUCUUGAAAUCUG